UUCAAGGAGACUUGAAGACACACCUAGCCCUUCGAGAAGACUACAAGACUGUAUAGUUUUAAUUCUAAACAAGCUUUCAGAAAACGAUUCAGAUCAACGGUGUGAACGAGAGAAGUGAGAACGUAUACCAACAGACGAGGUUGGGCCAUGAAGGCACCAUCCAUCCCGACUGCAGCGGCAUUUCUUGUGGCCGUUGCCUUAGGACAAACCCUGCUGACCCACAAUGUAAAAGCUGAACCCCAUUUCUGUGACCUGACGGUGACGGUUCCGCAGGAGGAGGAGAUCACUCCGCGGGAGAACACCACCGCGCCCUGCAGCGACGUCGUCACGUUAAUGCUGGAGGGGUGGCAACUGGACGCCGAAUCGUCCGACCCAGACUCCACAACCUGUGUCUACUUCAAACCUGCGGUUACCCAGACCAUCAUGGUGGAGGAGACCCAGCAGGGAUGCUGCGAGGGUUGGGAGGGGCUCGCCUGUGAUCAGCCCAUCUGCACCUACACCUGUCAGCAUGGAGGUGUGUGCAGUGGCCCUGACACCUGCACCUGCCCACCUGGAUACUACGGACUCAAGUGUGAGUGGGGAGGUGACACCAGUGGCAUUGGUACCUGUUACACCGACGUCUACUGCAGCAACGCGGCCUUCUCAGGUUACUCCACAUCGUACGAGGUGUGCUGUACCCAGGCUGACGCCAUGUCGUGGGGAGAUGACAGCCGCUGUUCACUCUGUCCACAGGCUAUCAGCAAUAUCGAUGACAUCAACAACGCCUUGUCCACGGGGUUUGCAGCUGCUGACUCCCACUCCGUCCACAGCUACGCCACCUGCCUCACCUGGGGGCGAUUCCACUUCCGCACCUUCGAUGGGCGCCACUACAGCUUUACAGGCGAGUGUGCGUACAUGCUGGCCAUGGAUGUUGACAACACGUUCUCUGUAACUGUACGUGACGUAGACUGUGACUCAGCAGCAAGUUGCCACAAGGUUCUAGAGAUGAAGCUGGGGUCCACAACUGUCCAUGCGGCCGGACAUAGCAUCGUGUUUAAUGGAGAACAGAUCAACCUGGUUGAACCUUUCUCCAGAAAUGGUGUGAGUCUAAAGGUGCUGGGAGACUUUGUGUUUCUGGAGGCCAGUCUCGGUGUCCGUGUGAAAUGGGACACUGAGUCGACUGUGUACAUGACAGUCAUGGCUGAGUACAUGGGCAAGACCAGGGGUCUGUGUGGGGUCUACAACUACAACCCUGAUGAUGACUUCAAGAUGAUCAACAACGAGAUCGCAGUAUAUCCUGCUAUCUUUGGAAACAGCUGGAAGAUUCCAGAAAUCGGAGAGCACUGUCCAGACAGCGCAGCCCUCCCCCACACGUGUGUACAGCACAGUGACAGGGAACAGGCUGCCCAGCUGGCCUGCGGGAAACUCAUGCAGCAACCAUUCGACAGCUGCAAUGGUGUGCUUGACCCGCAGCAGUUUUACGAGGACUGUAUGUACUCCUACUGUACCUGGGAGAAUGAGGAGGAUCGUGAGGUGGCUCUGUGCACCGCCCUCACCACCUACUCACGCCAGUGUGCACAGCAGGGCAUCGUCUUCAACUGGAGAGGACCUGGACUGUGUGAAAAGGAAUGUCCCAAUGGAAAGGUUUAUGUUGAAUGCGGCUCGUUGUGUCCUUCGACCUGUGCAACCCUGAACUUCCAGCAGGAGCCCUACUGCUCCGGGGACUGCAUCCCAGGAUGUGAAUGUCCCACGGGGACGUACUUGGAUGAUGGAGAGUGCGUACAGGCGGAGGCGUGCCCGUGCUAUCAUCGCCGGACGCGCUACGAAUCUGGCGAAACAAUCAAGCAAAGAUGUAACACUUGUGUGUGUAACAUGGGUCUGUGGACGUGUACAGAGGACAGGUGUGCUUCCACCUGCCACAUCCUGGGAGAUCCUCACUUCAUCACCUUUGACAACAAGUACUUCACCUUCCAGGGUGUCUGUGAAUAUACACUGGUCGAGGAUUAUAUCGACAACAAGCUGUCGAUCUCCGUGGAGACAGAGGUCUGCGGCAGCGGUGGAGCGGUCACCUGUGCUAAGUCCAUCACCAUCACCAUGUACCUGUCCACGGUCAAACUCAAGAGGAACCAGGAGGUCACAGUCAAUGGCAUCGAUACAGUCCUGCCGUACAGGUGA